AUGCCCGCCGCCACGGCCAAGGUGGCCGCCCGGCUGGCGCAGGGGGUCACCGCCAGGCGCGCGGCCGUGGCACUGCUGGUGGCCGCCUACGGGGCCAAGAAGCUGUACCCCGUCCUGCGGCAGCAGUGGGCCGCCUCUGAGCUGGGGGCCGGCCGGGCCGGCGGCGGGCCCCCGGGCAAGUGGGGGUCCGGGGACGAGGCCGCGGCGGGUCCUCCCGGGGUGAACCGGGUGUUCUUCGUCCGCCUGCUGCGGCUGCUGAGGAUGCUGUUCCCGGGGCCCCUGUGCCGGGAGACGGGGCUGCUGGCCUUGCACUCGGCCGCCCUGGCCAGCCGCACCUUCCUCUCGGUCUACGUGGCCCAGCUGGACGGGCGCCUGGCCCGCUGCAUCGUGCGCAAGAACCCCCGCGACUUCACGUGGCAGCUCCUCCAGUGGCUCCUCAUCGCCCUGCCGGCCACCUUCGUCAACAGCGCCAUCCGCUACCUGGAGGGGCAGCUGAGCCUGGCCUUCCGGGGGCGCCUGGUGGACCACGCCUACCGCCUCUACUUCGAGGGCCAGACCUACUACCGGGUCAGCAACAUGGACGGCCGGCUGCGCAACCCCGACCAGUCGCUCACGGAGGACGUGGUGGCCUUCGCCAGCUCCGUGGCCCACCUCUACUCCAACCUGACCAAGCCGGUCCUGGACCUCAUCGUCACCUCCUACACCUUGGUCAGCUCGGCCCGCUCCAGGGGGGCCGGCACCGCCUGGCCGUCCCUCAUCGCCGGCCUGGUGGUCUGCCUCACCGCCAAGGUGUUGCGGGCCUGGUCCCCCAAGUUCGGCCAGCUGGUGGCCGAGGAGGCCCGCCGGAAAGGGGAGCUGCGCUACAUGCAUUCCAGGGUGGUGGCCAACUCCGAAGAGAUCGCCUUCUACGGGGGGCACAAGGUGGAGCUGUCCCUCCUGCAGAAGUGUUACCGUGAGCUGGCCUCCCAGAUCAACGUGCUGCUGCUCGAGAGGCUCUGGUACGUCAUGCUGGAGCAGUUCCUCAUGAAGUACGUGUGGAGCGCCGCCGGGCUCGUCAUGGUGGCCGUGCCCAUCAUCACGGCCACCGGCUACUCAGAGUCGGAUUCGGAGGCGGUGAAGCAGGCGAUGCAGGAGAUGGAAGAGAAGGAGCUGGUGAGCAUGAGGACAGAGGCCUUCACCACCGCCCGGAGCCUGCUGAACGCGGCGGCCGAUGCCACCGAGAGGGUCAUCUCCUCCUACAAAGAGGUCACGGAGCUGGCGGGGUACACGGCCCGCGUCUACGAGAUGUUCCACGUGUUCAAGGAUGUGAAGCGUGGCAACUUCCGGCGUCCCGGGGAGCUGGAGGAAGGGGUGCCCCGAGCCGGGGCGGUGAUGAAGCACGGCGUCCGAGUGGAGGGGCCGCUGCAGAUCAAAGGGCGCGUGGUUGACGUCGAGCAAGGGAUCAUCUGCGAAAAUAUCCCCAUCAUCACCCCCACGGGAGACGUGGUGGUCAGCAGCCUCAAUAUCCGGGUGGAGGAGGGCAUGCACUUGCUGAUCACCGGCCCCAACGGCUGCGGGAAGAGCUCCCUGUUCCGGAUCCUGGGGGGCCUGUGGCCAACCUACGAAGGUGUCCUGUACAAGCCGCCCCCACAUCGUAUGUUCUACAUCCCCCAGAGGCCGUACAUGUCCGUGGGGACCCUGCGGGACCAGGUCAUUUACCCCGACACGGCGGAAGACAUGGCCCAGAAAGGGCAGACGACGGCCGAUCUGGAGCGGAUCCUGGACAUUGUCAACCUCAAUUAUAUCGUGCAGCGGGAAGGAGGCUGGGACGCCGUCAGCGAUUGGAAGGAUGUGCUGUCGGGCGGCGAGAAGCAGCGAAUGGGGAUGGCUCGGAUGUUCUACCACAGGCCGAAGUACGCUCUCCUGGAUGAAUGCACCAGUGCCGUCAGCAUCGACGUGGAAGGCAAGAUCUUCCAGGCCGCAAAGGACGCUGGGAUAGCAUUGCUCUCCAUCACCCAUCGCCCGUCCUUAUGGAAGUACCACACACACCUCCUGCAGUUCGACGGGGAGGGCGGCUGGCAUUUCGAAAAGCUGGACCCCGUGGCCCGCCUGUCGCUGCGGGAGGAGAAGGAGCGCCUGGAGCAGCAGCUGGCCGGCGUCCCCAAAAUGCAGCAGCGGUUCAACGAACUGUGUCAUAUCCUGGGCGAGGGCACUGCCUCCGAAGCGGGACAGGUCUGAGA